AUGGCGAGCGUCAACUACAUCCUCUACGACUCGGCGGUCGGCUAUGGCAUCUUCGAGGUGGUGCACCAGGCCGACAGUGUGGGCGUGCGCCUCAAAGAGGUGCAGGACUCCAUGUCGGACCUGUCCAAGUUUGGCAAGAUGGUCAAGCUGGUGAACUUUUCGCCGUGGAGAAACCACGCCGAGGGUCUCGAGAACCUCAACGAGCUGUCCGAGGGCAUCGUCUCCGAGUACCUGGCGUCCGUCCUCGAGCUGAGCCUGCCCAAGACGAGCGGCAAGAAGAGCAAGGUCGUGCUGGGCGUGCCGGACAAGAACCUGGCCAGCGACAUCAGCAGCCGCUUCCCCGGCGUCGAGUGCGAGACGAUUGAGACGUCCGAGGUCGUGGCGGCGCUGCUGCGCGGCAUCCGCCAGUACGCCGAAAAGCUGCUCAAGGGUCUGCACGACGGCGACAUGAGCCGCGCCCACCUGGGCAUGGGCCACGCCUUCUCGCGCUCCGGCGUCAAGUUCAACAUCCACAAGAACGACAACCACAUCAUCCAGCAGAUCGCCACGCUCGACGCCCUCGACAAGACCAUCAACAGCGGCUGCAUGCGCGUGCGCGAGUGGUACGGCUGGCACUUCCCCGAGCUCAUCAAGAUUGUGUCGGACAACGUCACCUACGCCAACCUCGUGCUGGUCAUUGGCAACAAGAAUACCCUGACCGACGACAGGCUGCACGACGUGGCUGCUGUGCUCAGCGAGGACGGCGGUCGCGCCCAGGCCAUUCUGGACGCCGCCAAGGUGUCCAUGGGCCAGGACAUCAACGCCGAGGACCUCGAGAUGGUCAAGUCGUUUGCCACGGCCGUGUCCAAGCUGGCCGCCUACCGCCAGGUGCUGGCCUCGUCGCUCGAGGCCAAGAUGGGCAUCGUGGCGCCCAACCUGCAGGUGAUCCUGGGCACGCCCGUCGCGGCCCGCCUCAUCUCGCACGCCGGCUCGCUGACCAGCUUGGCCAAGUACCCGGCCUCGACGCUGCAGAUCCUGGGCGCCGAGAAGGCGCUGUUCCGCGCCCUCAAGACCAAGGGCAACACGCCCAAGUACGGCCUCAUCUACCAGAGCUCCUUUAUCGGCCGCUCGGGCCCGCGCCACAAGGGCCGCAUCUCGCGCUACCUCGCCAACAAGUGUAGCAUUGCGGCCCGCGUGGACAGCUUCAGCGAGCAGCCGACGUCGCGGUUCGGCGAGGUGAUGCGCCAGCAGCUCGAGGACCGCCUCGAGUUCUUUGCGUCAGGCAAGAAGCCCAUGACCAAUGCGGACGCGAUGGAGGAGGCCAUGGCCAAGGUGCUGGCGGACGCCGGCGGCAGCGGCGCGUCGGCCGAUGCGGACAUUGACAUGAACGACGUGUCGGACGACGACGAGGAGGCCGAGGCCGAGAAGAAGGCCAGCAAGAAGGACAAGAAGGACAAGAAGGAAAAGAAGGAAAAAAAGGAGAAGAAGGAGAAGAAGGACAAGAAGGAGAAGCGCAAGUCGCUGGACGCAAGUGCCAUGGACCUCGACGAGCCCAAGAAGAAGAAGAAGAAGUCGACUGCGUAG